UUUCAACGUUGACAGCCAUGAAUUGGGAAUUUCUCACUUCGCAUGAGAGAUCCCUGAAAUUAAUUCGGUGUCAUCUCGUCGCUUCUGUCAAUUUACGAUCCAACAUACAACACUUUCCAAACAAUGCGAUAGAAUUGUCAAAGAACGCCCUUCGCUCGUCGUUAUAUCGACAAUUUAGCUAAAGGAAAUCUCAGGAACAGAGUAUACUGCGGUAACCGACGAAAAUGGCAGCCAUACAUCGGGAAGCGAUACAGAAACAGAUUCAACAGGACUGGGCUAAUCGCGAGUACAUAGAAGUCAUCACUGGCAGUAUUAAAAAAAUCACCGACUUUCUUAAUUCUUUUGACAUGUCUUGUAGGUCGAGGAUAGCGGUCCUCAACGAGAAACUCACGACCCUCGAGCGGAGAAUAGAGUAUCUUGAAGCAUGCGUUACAAAGGGUGAAACACUGACGUAAUACUUCUACAUAUAACAUCUUUUUAUAAUCCUUUUUAUUUCUUGUACUAGAACCUGAAUAAAUACAUGACAAAAGCGAA